UAAUUUCAUAGUAAAACAGCUAUCGAUAAUGGUUUUCGUUCAGUACUCCGAAAGCGGCUAGUGAGAAAGCAUGAAAGAAACUGCUAUCGAUCCGAAUCGAAAUAAUGACAGACGAACUGUUACCAAUGUGCAAAAUUACUUUAAAGAAUAUUGCAAUUCUACAAGUAUCCAUGGCUUUAGAUAUUUCGGGGAAAAUCGGUCUACUUUCGAAAAAGUGUGGUGGAUAGUUAUUUUUAUUCUUUGUUUAUCUGGUUGUUCUUUUAUGAUUUAUAAAAUUUACGAAAAAUACGAGACUAGCCCUGUUAUUGUAACUUUUGCCACGAAAGAAACGCCAAUUCACCAGAUACCAUUUCCAGCAGUGACCAUUUGUCCGGAAAUAAAAUUCAAAAAAGAAAAAUUUAACUUGACUGAUGUAGUUAAGAAAAAAAAGGAAGAACAAAAUAUAACUGUCUCGGAGGAACAAAUAUUUCAAUAUGCGUCGUUAUUAUGUAAACAAAGUUUACAAGCCUUUGUUAAUGAAACUGCGGGCCAAACUCUUGGCAAUGAUUUCUUUACCACAUUGGAUGAGAUAAAACCCGAGUUUAUUAAAUCUGUGAUCUACUGUAAGUUUCUAGGACAAGAUUAUAGCGAAGAUUGUUCAGAACUGUUAACACCGGUGUUUACCGAUGAAGGAGUUUGCUAUUCUUUCAAUAUCUUGGAUCGUAGCCACAUUUUUAAUGAUUUGGUCUACCACUAUAAAGAUUACCACAAUGUAAAAGAAGACACUCGUUCGUGGAAUAUGGAAUUUGGAUACGCUCAAGAUGCUAAAGGGGACGCCUAUCCAAAAAGAGCCUUAUUUUCUGGAGCUAACAAUGGAUUAACUUUAUAUAUGGGUGUUGAAAAUAUAGACUUUGAUUACAUGUGUAACAGUAUCCAAGGUUUUAAGGUUGUGUUACACUCUCCCGUGCGAAUACCAAAACUAAAACAAGAAUAUUUUCGCGUGCCCUUGAAUCAGGAAGUGGUAGCAGCUGUUCAUCCGAUCAUGAUAAUGACGUCUCCGGCAGUACAAGGAUUCAAUGUCGAGAAGCGUGAAUGUUAUUUUCCGUCGGAAAAGAAACUGAAAUAUUUUAGAUCCUAUUCUCAACAGAAUUGCUUUCUCGAAUGUCUCACAAAUGUCACUUUGAACUUUUGUGACUGUGUAAAUUUUUACAUGCCAAAGGAAAAUGCUACAAAAAUAUGUGGAAAAGAAUCUUCUACGUGUGUUAAGGUAGCCGAAACAAUUUUGCAGUUAGGGGAAGAAUACAGCAAAUUCUAUCAGCCAAAGUCUGAUAAUGAAUUUGAAACUUGCGAUUGUUUGCCCAUUUGUACAGAUUUAAGCUAUGAUGUGCAAACAUCUCAAACUAAUUGGGACUGGAAAGAAAGUUUUGCUAUGGUACCGGGUAUGGAGCAUUUUAACAAAGAAAAGGUCCAUUUAUCGAGCUUAACAGUGUAUUUUCGAUUUAAUCAUUUCAUCACCUCGGAGAGGCAAGAACUGUAUGGUCCCACUGAUUUCGUGGCUAAUUUUGGAGGCCUGUUAGGUUUAUUCACUGGUUUUUCAAUUUUGUCUUUAAUGGAGAUUAUCUAUUUCUUGACACUGAGAAUAUGUUGUAAUAUUCGGUUGUAUGGGCAGUGGGCAGGAGUACAAUAGUGUACCUGUUCUCCUAGUUUUUUUUGUGAAAAUAUAUUUAUUACUUGAA